GCAGCAACAUACCGGCGGAAAGAAAAAAAUGGGGGAGCAUCGUUUGGCACGGUCCGCCUUUUUGUGGGGGCUGAGUGGAAUCUACCUGUUUGCGUUUGUAUCUCUCUAUGUCCAGAUUCCAGGUCUGUAUGGACGUGAAGGCAUCCUUCCUGCCUGGAAGAUGUUGCGCUUUACUGGUAAAGGGUUUUGGGAGCAGAUGAAAGAUUCCCCUUCGUUACUCUGGUUUGGCCCUCGCCUGGGACUGGAUACAGAAAUGACCAUGGAACUGAUCUGCUUGCUUGGGGCUCUUCUGUCUCUGGGAGCACUACUUUUCAGCUGCUUACGGGACAGUCUGGUCUUCCUGCUACUCUGGGUAUUCUACCUCUCUUUGUAUCAGGUUGGGCAAGUCUUUCUCUACUUCCAGUGGGACAGCCUACUCCUAGAGACUGGUUUCCUGGCAAUUCUGGUGGCACCUCUGCAUGCAAUGCGCUGGAAAACAUCAGUCUGGAGUGCUCAUGAUGGUGUCACUUUCUGGCUCACCCGGUGGCUUCUUUUCAGGCUCAUGUUUGCAUCAGGAGUUGUAAAACUAACUAGCCGUUGCCCUACGUGGUGGGGACUCACAGCUCUCACAUACCAUUAUGAAACUCAAUGCAUUCCAAAUCCAGCUGCAUGGUAUGCUCAUCAGCUUCCUGUUUGGCUCCAGAAGUUUUCAGUAGUAGCUACAUUUUUCAUUGAAAUUGGUGUCCCAUGGCUGUUUUUCUUGCCUUUCCGCAGACUUCGCCUCUUCUCAUUUUACUCUCAGGUUCUCCUUCAGAUCCUUAUUAUAAUCACAGGAAAUUACAAUUUUUUUAACCUACUGACUAUAGUUCUGUGCUGUUCUAUGCUUGAUGAUCAACACAUUGCAUUUUUCCAACGGCAUAAAAAAACUCAACAUAAAGGAGGCAUAGCAACCUCUGCUUUCUCCCUACGUUCUCUCGUAUCGCUUCUGGAAAUACCUAUAUUUGGGUUGCUUGUUUUCUGGACAGUCAAGUAUUUUGAUCUUCAGAUAAACUGGGACAAGCAUUCUUUGGAAUCAAGAACAGCAUUUACUUACCAUGACUUCCAACAGUGGCUACGUACAAUCACUUUUCCCUCUAUUUGGAUUGCUGCAGCAUCAUUGGGAUGGGAGAUUCUUAAAGGCAUGUACAGAAGUGCCUCGGUGAGAGGUUUCUUCUGGAAGCUAUGGUCUACCUUGCAAUGGGUAAUGUUCUCGUGUGCUGCAGCUGCCAUGUUUACAAUCAGCCUGGUGCCAUACACAUACAUGGAUUUUGAGUCGAACGGUCAGCUGUGGCCAGAGGUACACCAGAUGUUUAAUACAGUGGAUCGCUACCAGUUGGUGAAUUCUUAUGGUCUCUUCCGAAGAAUGACUGGAGUUGGAGGGCGUCCCGAGGUUGUUGUUGAAGGAAGUUUUGACAGAGAAACCUGGACGGAGAUCGAGUUUAUGUAUAAGCCAGGAAAUAUCAGCACAAUACCUACAGUGAUCGUUCCUCACCAGCCACGUCUUGAUUGGCAGAUGUGGUUUGCUGCCCUUUCACACCAUUCCCAUAGUACGUGGUUUGCUAGCUUUGUUUACCGGCUCUUGCAGGGAAAUAAGGAUGUGAUACACCUGGUACAAAAUGAUGAGUCUCUUUAUCCCUUCCAUGCAAACCCUCCAACGUACAUCAGAGCCCAGCAAUAUAAAUACUGGUUCACAGAGGUUGAUCAGUCAGGGCACAUGCCCAAGAGCUGGUGGCGACGGCGCCAUGUUGAGGAAUUUUUUCCUGCUGUGUUUCUAGACGACCCUUUUCUGGACAAUCUAUUAUCCCAGCAUGGGCUCAAGGAUAAGCCCCCAGCUCGCCGCUCAUUGGAUGCUCCAAUUCCAUUUGUCUUGAAGCUGAUCCGAGAUUUUCUGCAUCCUUUACCGGCUCCUCUGCUGCUGCACAGUUUUAUUUUUGGAAUUUUUACUAUUUACUUUCUACAGGCUAUGUUUGGUGGUGUCUCAAGGCCAAGUGUUGCCAAACAAAGGCACAGCAAGCCACCAAAUGAGAAGAAAAAGCAGAAGCCAAACAGUGGUCAAGGAGAGUCUGCAUCUUCAAAAUCUUCGGGACAUGGGACAGACACAGUGCGCAGAAAUAAAAAAAAUGAAAAGAGUUAAUGUUUUGACAAUAGAAUUAAAGCCCUUUCCUCUGUCCAAAAAUCAUGGGGAUAAGAAUCCGGUUAAAUUAAAUUAUGUUUUAAAUAUGUUCCCACCUACUUGAUUUUUUAAUAAUUCAUGCUGUUAAAUUUAAUAAUGCCCCUAAAAGCUGUCAGUCUCUUCACUUUGAAAGAGCAGGUCCCCUUUUGCAGUGAAGUAAUAAUUAACUUAUUCCAGGGCCCCUGUGUACUAUGUGUACUAUAAACUUUGGGCUAAAUGAAAAAAAAACAUUUUAUAUGUAUACUAAUAAUAAUAAUGAAAUGAAAAUGCUCAUCCCCUGUUAAGGACGGUCUUGUAUAAGGGUUUUUUUUUUUACAUUUUUUAAUUACAAAUUGUCCUGUGUUUUGCUUUUCUCAUAAAUUCUUUAUAGCAGAUUAUCAGAAUGUGCCUUGUUAGAGGAUCAGAGAUGUAUUCCUCCUACCUGGAUCCACAGUUGCCUUAUACUGUAGCUCUUUUCUGGGCUAUGCCAGAUCUUUUCUGGCCAAUAUCUUAUCCAUCUUUUAAAAAUGGAAAUAACUGUUACACAUCCCUGCAAUGCUUGUUCACUCAUCAGCCUGUGGUUAUAUGCACUCAUCUGUGGUUAUAUGCAAGUUUGUGCACAGCUAAACGUGAUGAUUUUGUAAUAAAUAUUUGUUUGCA